GAGAGACGGCGCAGAAGAGAAGAGUGGAGAGACGCGGGAUGGAGGGACAGGGAACUCCAGGGGGUAUGGCGACAGAGAUCGAGGCCAAUUCUGAGAUACAAGCAAUCGCUGACACGGUGAAGCCAGCUGUGCAGGAGAAGCUGGGAAGAGAGCUACAGGUCUACCAGGCGAAGUCGUACUGUUGGCAGGUGGUGGCCGGGACAAAUUAUUUCAUCAAGAUUCUGACUGGACCUGGAGAUGAAUGCAUCCAUGUGAGGGUCCUGGUCUCCCUCCCACAUGUUGAAAGAGCCAUCACCUUGCAUGGGAUACAAGAGCACAAGAAAAGCUCUGACCCGCUCAUCUACUUCUAGAGCUCGAGGGGUGUGUCUGGGUGGGGGUUGGGUGUUGUGGGAAUGACAGAGGAAAUCUCCCUGCUCCCCUCAUCCCUCUCCAAAGUUGCUCUCACCUCGCCUAUCGUGCCUGAAAACUAAUUAUCUUUCCUUUCCCUACCCUGCGAACGUCAAAUGCUAUCUGAAAAUGCCCGCUUCCAACAGUAACCUUGACAGCACAUCACAGGGAUUCGCGCAUCUCAGUGCAAAAUUUAAGAAAAAUGCCCCGCAUAAGCUCAGUUGAAUUUUCUCCGCUCUUAUCUUAAACGCAUAUCCUCAUGUAUUAGAUAAUGCCACGCUACAGUAGACAGGGGAGCAAAAGUUAGCAGCUGUGAACUCUGUCUACACCUCUCACAGUUUUAUAAAUCUCUUUCGGGUCUCCACCGCUCCAGAGAAAACAACUAAAGAUUUUCCGACCUCUUAAGAUACAUGGGUUCCGCAGUGACUGGCCAUUUGGGUUGCCAGUCGGCUUUCCCGUGGCAGACAGCGGGUAGAGAUUGAAAGCACUGAUUCUGCUUCGAUGUCCGGAACUAGUGGUGUUCCGCAGGAAUCCAUGCUGGGACCUGUUUUUCUUGUGUGAUACAUAUUGAAAUCUCCCGGAUGAUAUUCUAGAUGAAUGGAUUAGUAAAUCCGUCGACAACACAAUGAUUGGUGGAUUUUUGGACAGUGUAGUAGAUCGCCAAAGCAUUCAACGUGGAAUUGAUUAGUUAUAGAUAUAGGGGGAGGAAGGUAGACGGAGUUUCAUUCUAACAAUUUUGAGGUGUUGCAUUUUGGGAGGGUAAAUGUUAAGGAACAAGAGCGACAAUGUAUAGAAAGUUCCCGAGCUCACUGAAUUCGACCACAGAAGUUGACAGGAUUGUAACAAAAUGGGCUUGCAUUUCAGGAUGAAUGUUAUCGCACAAAUCUCCUUUGAAUAUGUUUCCUCUAACAUUUAAUGCACUCCCUCUAGUAUUAGAGAUCUCCAGCCUGGGGAAUAAAAUAUACUGUCUACUCUAUUUUGCAGCGACGUGGCCCACUGCUAUGAUGAACUGAAUACUGAAGCUUUGGGCUUACUCCAACUUGCUCCAGGGAAUUGGAUCUAAGGGCUCAAUUUGGUUCAGAAUGCUCGCUUUUUUUGUUCGCAUGAUUUGUUUUGUUUUCUCUUUCUCUGUGGGCACUGGAGGUUGGUCUUUUUUUAAUUGGGUUAUUUCCGGGUCCUGACUUCGCGACUGCCUAUUCAGCAGACAAAUCUCAAAGCUGUAUAAUCUAUACAAUCUGUGACAAUAAAUGCACAC